AAUUAUUACAUGAUAUUAUUUACAUGACAUGUAAAGAUAUCCAACAUUCUGGCCUCUCAAUCUGAGCCCAUUUCCCUUCUCCAGCUUCCUUCCCUCCUUCUCCUGUAUGACCCAGGGCAGUUCUCCAGUCUAGACCUGCAUCUGAGGCCACACCCCAGCCUACUCACUCCCCUCACCCCUCUUUCCUCUCCCUGCACCUUCUUGGGCUCUUCUCAUCUGGUCCCACCCCUGAGGAGUCCUCCUCCCUGCUAGGCUCUUCUGGAACACAAAGACCAUCCCUCCCCCCUCCCCAGUGAAGGGAGGGCUAGGAGUUUCAGCCCCACCCUCAGGAAGAUGUGUCUUCCCCCUCCUCUGCUUCUUGGUACUUCCUCUCUGGCCAACGUAGCUGACAGCACCGAGACCUGGGGCCAGGACCCUGGAACUGGGACAGAUCUGGUAAUAGGCUACGCCACUCUGCCCUGGCCUUGGGAUUGGCACCAGCUUCCAACCAGUACACGGCAAAGUCUGUAAGUCCUUGCAGUGGCCCCGGACGCUACAUCUUCUGCAGCACCUCCUCACUAGGUGUCAUGUUCAUCGUUCUGCUGACGAUCAUCCUCCUGUCAGUGGCACUGGUUGUGGGGCUUCCCGGCAACAGCUUUGUGGUGUGGAGCAUCCUGGUAAAGAUGCAGAAGCGCUCUGUCACUGCCUUGUUGGUGCUGAACUUGGCCCUGGCCGACUUGGCUGUAUUGCUUACUGCCCCCUUUUUCCUCCACAACGUGGCCCAACGCACCUGGGUGUUCGGACUGGCUGCCUGCCGCCUGUUUCACUAUGUCUGCGGAGUCAGCAUGUACGCCAGCGUCCUGCUGAUCACGACCAUGAGUCUGGACCGCUCGCUGGCGGUUGCCCUCCCCUUUGUGUCCCAGAAGUUUCGUACCAAGGCCGUUGCCUGGUGGGUACUGGCAGGCAUCUGGGUGAUGUCCCUUCUGCUGGCCACGCCCGUCGUCGUGUACCGCACGGUGACCUUGGCACCGAACAACUGGAGCCUGGUGUGCUUCCUGAAGUACCCCAGCGAACGACUCAACGCCUUCCAUCUACUCUUCGAGGCCCUCACCGGCUUCCUGCUGCCCUUCCUGGUGGUGGUGGCCAGCUACUCCGACAUCGGUCGCAGGCUGCAGGCCCGGCGCUUCCGCCGAAGCCGCCGCACGGGCCGCCUGGUGGCGCUCAUCAUCCUGACCUUCGCUGCCUUCUGGCUGCCCUACCACGUGGUGAACUUGGCCGAGGCGGGCCGGUUGCUGGCCGGCGGGGAGGCGGGGCCGUUGAAGAACCGGCUGCUCCUGGCGCGCUACGUGUUCAUCGCGCUGGCCUUUCUGAGCAGUAGCGUGAACCCCGUGCUGUACGCGUGCGCCGGCGGUGGCCUGCUGCGCUCGGCCGGCGUGGGCUUCGUCGCCAAGCUGUUGGAGGCCACCGGCUCCGAGGCGUCCAGCACCCGCCGCGGGGGCACCCUGGCCCAGACGGUGAGGGGCGCCCCCGCCACUCCCGAGAAUGGCACCACCGAGAGCCUCACCGUCUCCAACCCUCUCCAGUGAAGCGAACUGAACUAGGUCUGGGUGGUGGUGGUGGUGGUGCCGCCGCUGUUGGUGGAAGGUCGGCUUUCCUCCUGGCGGAAUGCCCCCACGUUGGCCUGGCCCAGUGCUGUACCCCUAGGAGGAGAACGCCAGUGGGGUGGAGCAGAAGAGGAGGGAGGGGCGGGGCAGGUGAGGGCCCAGUGAAAGCCUGGGGCAGCUUUGCUAUUAAAACUGAAGCCUCAAAUUGGGUCAA